AAGAUCCACCACGCUCCUGUUUCUCGCGGUGGGCGGUGCUUAUGACAAUCAAUGGGCGUAAUCGAAAAAAAUCGACUCAAGUUGAGGCAAUCAAUAGGGCGGAUUUGACAUAUUGACGCGCUCGUGUAAAAUUGUAACAUUCUCCCCGUUAACUAUCUAACCUAUCAACACGGAUCGAUAAACUUGAUUGACGUUCGUGCGGCUCAAUUUCGAUCCCAGCUAUUGACGUAACGCGUGAAACGAAUGCAGGUGUUUUCUGAUUAUUGACGUGUCGUGACGUAGGUCUGACUUUCUCUCUCCAUGUCGCGCGCACGCACUCCCUCUACCUUCUCGUGGCCGCGCGCACGUUUUGGGGGGAGCGCUUGAUUGAGGCAGCUGCGCUCGUCCCACGGACGGUAUUCCGUUCGAUAUUUACCUGUAAACACAAGCAAGGAGCACUUCUAGCAACAUUUGGGCGUCUUCACCUACGUUUUUUUUUUUUUUAAACUGUCGUGGAUAAGGAUAUCACACUCAAGGAGGACUGCUUUAUUUUUUUUUCUCUUUUUUUUUUUUUCUCUUGGAGGGACCCCCGCACGGGAGAAGACUGGAAGUCCACUCGGGGAGGAUACUCCUCAUCUUCCACACUCUGAAGACUUUAAGGCUCGACUGAACAUGUGACCAGUGGACAAACUCCCGAAAAAGAUUAUCAUCCUCUAGAUGCGUCUCGUUUGGAAUAUGACUCACUCCUGGGGCUCAGCUAGCUUCACCCCUUGGCUCCUCCCCCACACCCUUGUCAACCAGUAGAACCCCCCCCGCCCUUACUUUUGGAAUCCUUAACCCUUCCGAGAUCGCCUCCAAUCAUGGAGCCUCAAUCGAACCGUCAGCCGCAGUCCAACCCCGUCGUCUUUGUCCCGCUGGUCCUCCUGUGCGUUUGUCUCCUUCCCGUCGCCCGGCCGCAGCGACUCCCCAUCGACCCCCAAGCCGCGCCGGAGUACGCCCACUCCAUCCGGUUGGACGGCGACAUCAUCCUGGGCGGAUUGUUCCCAGUGCACUCGCGGGGCGACCGCGGCACACCUUGCGGGGACCUCAAGAAGGAGAAGGGCAUCCACCGCCUGGAGGCCAUGAUGUUCGCCAUCGACUUGAUCAACAAGGACCCCGAGUUGUUGCCCAACAUCACGCUGGGGGCACGGAUCUUGGAUACCUGCUCCAGGGACACGUACGCUCUGGAGCAGUCGCUGACCUUCGUGCAGGCCCUGAUCGAGAGGGACGGCUCGGACGUGCGCUGCGCCAACGGCGACCCGCCCAUCUUCACCAAGCCGGAUAAAAUUGUCGGCGUGAUCGGAGCGGCGGCCAGCUCCGUGUCCAUCAUGGUGGCCAACAUACUGCGCCUCUUCAAGAUCCCCCAGAUCAGCUACGCCUCCACGGCCCCCGAGCUGAGCGACAACACCCGCUACGACUUCUUCUCCCGCGUGGUCCCGCCGGACUCCUACCAGGCGCAGGCCAUGAUGGACAUUGUGACAGCCAUGGAGUGGAACUAUGUGUCCACGUUGGCCUCUGAGGGAAACUACGGCGAGAGCGGCGUGGAGGCCUUCGUCCAGAUCUCACGAGAAACCGGUGGUGUUUGUAUCGCGCAAUCCUUGAAGAUCCCAAGGGAGCCAAAGCCGGGGGAGUUUGACAAGAUCAUUAGACGUCUGUUGGAGACCUCCAACGCCAGGGCCAUCAUUAUGUUCGCUAAUGAGGACGACAUAUGGCGCGUUUUGGAUGCAGCAAAGAGGAACAACCAAACGGGCCACUUUUUAUGGGUGGGCUCCGAUAGUUGGGGAGCCAAGAGCUCCCCUGUGAUUGACCAGGAAAGCGUGGCGGAGGGAGCCAUCACUAUUCUUCCCAAGCGAGCAUCUGUUGACGCCUUCGACCGCUACUUCCGGAGCCGCUCGCUGUCCAAUAACAGGAGGAACGUUUGGUUUGCCGAGUUUUGGGAGGAGAACUUCAACUGUAAGCUGGGCAUGCACGGCAAACGACUGGGCAACCCUAAGAAGUGCACAGGUUUGGAGAAAGUGGGCCGCGACUCCAGCUACGAACAAGAAGGCAAGGUGCAGUUUGUGAUGGACGCCGUGUACGCCAUGGCCCACGCGCUACACCACAUGCACCGCAAGCUAUGCUACGGCUACCCGGGUUUGUGCCCGCGCAUGUCUAACAGCAUCGACGGGAAGGAGCUGCUUGGCCAUAUCCGCGCCGUCAACUUCAACGGAAGUGCCGGCACGCCUGUGGUUUUCAACGAGAACGGAGAUGCGCCGGGGAGAUACGAUAUCUUCCAGUACCAGAUCACCAACAGGUCCGAGUACAGAGUCAUCGGCUCCUGGACCAAUAAACUGCACCUCAAGGUUGAGGCCAUGCGCUGGAAAAGGGAUGACCCAUCGCUGCCGGCUUCCGUGUGCAGCCUCCCGUGCCGCGCCGGGGAAAGGAAGAAGGUGGUGAAGGGGGUACCCUGUUGCUGGCACUGCGAACGAUGCGAGGGGUACCACUACCAGGCCUCCGAGUUCAUGUGCGAGCUUUGUCCGUACGAAAUGCGACCCGACGCCAACCGCACGGGCUGCGUCCCCAUCCCCAUCAUCAAGCUGGAGUGGCACUCGGCGUGGGCCGUGGUCCCCGUCUUCCUCUCCAUGCUGGGCAUCAUCGCCACGUCGUUCGUCAUCGUCACCUUCGUGCGCUACAACGACACGCCCAUCGUGCGGGCCUCGGGCCGGGAGAUGAGCUACGUGCUGCUCACAGGUAUCUUCCUGUGCUACGCCAUCACCUUCCUGAUGAUAGCCGCGCCGGACGUUGGCGUGUGCUCCUUGCGGAGGAUCUUCCUGGGCUUGGGCAUGUGCUUCAGCUACGCGGCACUCCUCACCAAGACCAACAGGAUCCACCGCAUCUUUGAGCAGGGCAAGAAGUCGGUCACGGCGCCCAGGUUCAUCUCCCCGGCCUCGCAGCUGGUCAUCACCUUCUCCCUCAUCUCGGUCCAGCUGCUAGGUGUGUUCUUAUGGUUCGCCGUGGACCCGCCGCACACUGUGGUGGACUACGGCGAGCAGCGGACCCAGGACCCCAGGUCAGCGCGCGGGGUCCUCAAGUGCGACAUCUCGGAUCUGUCGCUCAUCUGCUCCUUGGGCUACUCCAUCCUGCUGAUGGUCACCUGCACGGUGUACGCCAUCAAGACACGCGGCGUGCCCGAGACCUUCAAUGAGGCCAAGCCCAUCGGCUUCACCAUGUACACCACCUGUAUCAUCUGGCUUGCCUUCAUCCCCAUCUUCUUUGGAACGUCGCAGUCUGCGGAGAGGAUGUACAUCCAAACCACCACCCUGACCGUCUCGCUCAGUCUGUCGGCCUCCGUCUCCCUGGGGAUGCUCUACAUGCCCAAAGUCUACAUCAUCCUCUUCCACCCCGAGCAGAACGUGCCCAAACGGAAGCGCAGUUUCAAGGCCAUUGUGACCGCCGCCGCCAUGUCGGGGAAGCUGUCGCAGAAGGGAGAUCGGCCCAAUGGAGAAGUGAAGACUGAGCUGUGUGAGAGCAUGGAGACCAACAGUAAGGCUUCUUCUUACUGCUGCUAAUUCCCGUAGCGAAUGUUGCUAUUUCGUCAGGAUUCCCAAAAGCUUCAUCUACGAAGACGACAUAUGUCAGCUACAGCAACCACGCCACCUGAAACCAGACAAGAUGACAAGCUUAGCGGACCAAUGGACCAACAGGCAGAAUCCAAGCAUGAGA